AUGCUCAGAACAAUAGCCAGGUUCUUGAAGCUCACCACUCUUACCAAUGAUUUGCUUCAAAAACGCAGCAGAUUCUACGCCACUACGGUUGGUGGAAGAAGCAGGCUAGAGGGAAAAGUGGCACUCAUAACAGGAUCAGCAAGUGGGCUUGGCAAGGCCACAGCCCAUGAGUUUGUGCAACAUGGGGCCCAAGUAAUCAUUGCAGACAACGACACUCAACUUGGGCCACAAGCUGCAAAGGACUUGGGCCCUUCAGCCCGCUAUGUGGAGUGUGAUGUAACCAUUGAGGCCCAAAUAGCAGAUGCUGUAAAUUUUGCCAUGACCCACUAUGGCAAACUUGACAUCAUGUACAACAAUGCUGGCAUAACAGGCCCAACACUCCCACCAAGCAUAGCAGAACUGGACCUUGAUGAAUUUGAUAGGGUCAUGAGGAUCAAUGUCCGAGGAAUGAUAGCAGGCAUAAAGCAUGCAGCCCGGGUCAUGAUACCAGUGGGCUCUGGGUCCAUUCUAUGCACAUCUAGCAUAAGUGGGAUCAUGGGUGGGCUUGGGCCUCAUCCAUAUACAAUAUCAAAGUUUACAAUACCUGGGGUGGUGAAAUCUGUGGCCAGUGAGCUAUGCAAAGCUGGGAUCAGAGUAAAUUGCAUAUCCCCAGCCCCAAUUCCUACACCUAUGGCUUUGACUCAAAUUGGGAAGCUUUAUCCUGGUUUAACACAAGAACAGGUUGUGGGCCUUGUGAAUGGGCUUGGUGAGCUCAAAGGUGCUAAGUGUGAGGACAUUGAUGUGGCCCGGGCUGCAUUGUACUUGGCAUCAGAUGAAGCAAAGUUUAUCUCAGGCCUAAACCUCAUUGUGGAUGGAGGGUUUACCUCCUUUAAAAAUUUGAAGUUCCCUUCUCCAGAUCAAACUGCCUAA